UAUGAAAAUUAGUACAGACCUACGGAGUGAAAGUGCCGAUGAAAGCACUACACGGUUGGCUGCAGCUACGCUAAGCACGGAUUUUCAAGCUAUUGAUGGAUCACGCGAGAAAACGCCGACAGUCUCGCCAGCGGCGACCAAAACAUGCAAUGGUCCCUCUAUCUCAAGCACACAAUUGGCUACAAUGGGUGGGAUAGACUAUGAUACGGUACCGCUAUUGCCUAAUCUGACAAUAAUUACGGAACUACUCCAUAGGUGCUUUCCCCAAGCCUAUUGGGUUUACAUCGACUCGUACCUCCGAAUGUAUCCAAGCUUGGCGUGCGUGCUAGCCACAGACAAGCAGAAGCUUGUCGGCUGUAUCCUAUUCAGACUUGAAUGCCAGCCAGGAUCGGAAGUGCGAGCCACCAUUGCUUACCUGGCUGUUGACGAGAAUUACCGUAAACGCAAAAUAGCUUGUAACCUUAUGAGGCGCGCGAUCCAGUUACUGAAAAGUGAACGCGUCAAUGAAAUCAUAUUGCACACAGAGGUGAACAAUCGGGCCUCGUUACACCUGUAUGAAAAAUUCGGAUUCAUACGGCAUGAGCGAAUUCCCGGAUAUUACCCUACUAAUGUUGAUGCUUUCCAGCUAAAAUUGCCUCUUAAUUGAACAUUUUGCCUAUUGAUCAAUGUACUUGUUGUCAAAUUGCCCCAGUAUUUUCAGAAGACAAUAAGUAAUGGUGAUAGCGUGUUCGUUCGAAGAACUAUGAGCUAAAGUUUAGGAAAACAACAUGGGGCAACGUGCAAAUACUCGUUAUUGGCAUUUACAGAAAUUAAACUGAUUGCUUUGGUUGUUACAUAGAAUGGUACCACAGAACUCUAUGAAAAUACCCAACGCAGAUAGUCAGCGUAUUGCGCCGUUCCAAUGCCCUCAAGUUUCAUUUGGCGAUUGAGUGAUAUCUCAGCUAAUCGGCACACAACAGCUCUUAGCUUAC